UCAUGCUCCACCCAUCCACACACACGCACGCACACACACACACUGAGCAGAAGGACACAGAACAGUGUGAUCGGACAGGACCACUAGUGACCGGAGCCAGACGAUGGGACGUAAUGAGUCUCUGAACAAUUGAUCCAAUCGGGCGGAAGGUUUCUGAAGAGGGCGGGGUCGGAGGUCAUCAUGCAAACAGUAAAGUGUGUGGUCGUGGGCGAUGGCGCUGUGGGGAAGACCUGCCUACUCAUCUCCUAUACCACUGGAGCCUUUCCUAAAGAGUACAUCCCCACUGUGUUUGACAACUACAGCAGCCAGGUGACAGUGGACAGUAGAGUCAUCAGCCUGAACCUGUGGGACACGGCCGGCCAAGAGGAGUACGACCGGCUGCGGACGCUGUCCUAUCCGCAGACCCACGUCUUCAUCAUCUGCUUCUCCAUCUCAAGCCCCGCCUCCUACGAGAAUGUCAAACACAAAUGGCAUCCUGAGGUGUCACACCAUUGCCCCGGCGUCCCCAUCCUCUUGGUGGGCACCAAGAGCGACCUUCGAAACAACGCCGAGAUCCAGAGGAAGCUAAAGGAGCAGAACCAGGUGCCCGUCACUCAUCACCAGGGCUCCGCACUCGCCCGGCAGAUCCAGGCCGUCCGCUACCUCGAGUGCUCCGCCCUCAACCAGGAGGGCAUUAAGGACGUGUUCGCCGAGGCCGUGAGGGCCUUUCUCAACCCAGAGCCCGUCGUCGGCAAGAAGCUUUGCGUGCUGCUCUAAGACCAAAGCGCCGACUGGCUCGAAUUAGGCUGAUUUGAGCUUUAAAGACUUGAUUUUAUUGUUUAAAAUUGUGAUAAUUUCAGUUUUAAGUUUAAAAAAAAAAAAAUGGUAUGGACCUUCCUCACCUUAAUUAAUUGAAUUAAAACUGAAAAAGGAGAAUGCAAAUUGUAACUUCCAUAACAUAUUUGGUAACUUAGCUGAAAAGCAGAUAAGGGAAAACCAUUUAAACAAAAAUAUUUCCAUCCAUCCAUCCAUUUUCUACCGCUUGUCCCUUUCGGGGUCUUUCUGGAGCCUAUCUCAGCUGCAUUCAGGCGAAAGGCGGGGUACACCCUGGACAAGUCGGCACCUCGUCACAGGGCCAACACAGAUAGACAACAUUCACACUCACAUUUACACACUAGGGCCAAUUUAGUGUUGCCAAUCAGCCAAUCCCCAGGUGCAUGUCUUUGGAGGUGGGAGGAAACCGGAGUACCCGGAGGGAACCCACGCAGUCACGAGGAGAACAUGCAAACUCUACACAGAAAGAUCUGCCCAUACAAAAAUAUUUCAUUACAUAAAAAUAAUACAACUUAAUAGACUUUAUAAUAUAAUUUUAAUUAAAUGUUACGAGAAAAGAAAAUCUCAGAGGAAAGUAAUCCAAUUAGUCGAGAGGGAUGAUUUGUUUUUAAUUACCGAUCAAAAAUUAUAUUCAAUAGUAUAGUUGUAUAGGUUAAAUAAAAUUGUAAACAAAUUAUUCAGAUGUAACAAUUUCUCUCAGAUUUUCUUUGAUUGUCCAAAGACGUGAAAGCAGACGGAAUGAAUCAACAACAGCAACAUUUCCUGCAGAGGCCUUGAGGAGGAAACGUCCUGAGAAGCAAAUCGGACAUGCUGUGGCGUGAAUUGUCCGCUCUCUCAGGAUGUCGCCUUCUCCCUCACAACGUCUCCUAAAGAGGCCGGAGGUCGCUUCCUCUUCCUGUCUGCUGAUUCUCUGGACUUUCUCUCCAGUCGCCGAUGAGAUGUCAGAGUUCAUUUUUUACAGCGCCGAAGGGAAAUGUACCAAUGGUGGCCACUAGGGCCGCUGCUUGGUAACAUGUGACACAUUGAAGGAUGUUUUCAUGUUGAAUAAAUUGUGCACAGGA